AUGGCGGGCGGCCCGCAGGAGAACACGCUGCUGCACCUCUUCGCCGGGGGAUGCGGAGGAACGGUCGGUGCCAUCUUCACGUGUCCCUUGGAGGUAAUAAAGACUAGGCUCCAGUCUUCCAAGCUAGCCUUCCGGACUGUCUACUACCCACAGGUCCAGCUGGGGACCAUCAGUGGUGAAGGAAUGGUCAGGCCAACAUCUGUAUCACCUGGGCUCUUCAGUGUUCUCAAGUCAAUUCUGCAAAAAGAAGGACCAAGGUCACUCUUUCGGGGGCUGGGUCCAAAUUUGGUUGGAGUUGCACCAUCAAGAGCUGUCUACUUUGCCUGCUACUCUAAAGCCAAAGAGCAAUUUAAUGGCAUUUUUGUGCCCAACAGCAACAUUGUGCACAUUUGUUCUGCAGGUUCUGCAGCCUUUAUCACAAAUUCCCUGAUGAACCCUAUAUGGAUGGUGAAAACCAGAAUGCAACUGGAACGAAAAGUCAGGGGUUCAAAACCAAUGAAUGCUUUGCAGUGUGCUAGAUACGUUUACCAGACAGAAGGGAUCCGUGGCUUCUAUAGGGGCCUGACUGCCUCCUAUGCUGGGAUUUCCGAGACCAUUAUCUGCUUUGCUAUUUAUGAAAGUUUAAAAAAACAUUUAAAAGAAGUCCAGCUGCCCCCUUCUGCUCCUAAUGGGACUGAAAGGAACUCUACAAACUUCUUUGGACUGAUGUUUGCUGCUGCUGUUUCCAAGGGCUGUGCCUCUUGUAUUGCUUAUCCACAUGAGGUGAUACGGACACGGCUGCGAGAAGAAGGCACUAAGUACAAGGCUUUCAUUCAGACAGCACGGCUGGUGGCACGUGAAGAGGGCUAUCUUGCCUUCUAUAGAGGACUCUUUGCCCAGCUCAUCCGGCAGAUACCAAACACAGCCAUUGUGUUGUCCACCUAUGAGUUAAUUGUCUAUCUGUUGGAAGACCACACAAAGUAGCAGAGCCAAGACUCCUGUUACAGACUGUAGACCAAUUUGUUCUUUGAACAAAUAGUCCUUUAAGAGACUGAUACAGGUGACAGUGAUGAUGGAAAAAAUACAAGUCUGUGACCACCUGCUGGAUAUUUCCUUUGGGAUUCAUGCUUUUUGAAAGGUCUCGAGUCAUUAAUGUU